AUGGCAAGUCUUCGACCAGAAUCUGCGGCCGCCAUGACGGCUCACCGGCGUGAAGCGGUGCGUCUUGCGCAGGAUCAGCAGCGGGCAGUAGCCGAGAAUUGUAAGAGAUCGAAACUACCCGAACCUGACUAUGACUUUGAUGAGCUUACCGGUCGGGGUAGUUUUGGACGAGUCUACAAAGGACGCCAACGCUCCACCGGCAAGGUGGUGGCCAUCAAAGUGAUCGACAUCGACAAAGCCGACUUCAAAGCACAUGGCGACGUGCGAGACGAACAGAUCCGCGACUUUAAUCGAGAAAUCCGAAUAUUGAGACAAGCGCAAGAGAGUGGUGCCGAAAAUCUCAACCAUAUCAUCGAAGCCUUGACGGUGCACAGUCAGUUAUGGAUGGUUUGUGAAUACUGCCCUGGUGGAAGUGUCAAGACGUUGAUGCGGGCGACGAAUGACCGGUUGGCAGAAAAAUACAUCAUAGUGGUGGCAAGAGAGCUGGCGAAGGCUUUGAAGGGACUGCAUGCUGCUGGGAUCUUGCACCGAGACGUGAAGGCUGCAAAUGUGCUUAUUCAUCAGGAAGGUCGUCUUGAGCUAUGUGAUUUUGGUGUUUCAACGGUGCUGGAUACGCAGACCGACAAGCGCAAGACAUUCAUCGGGACGCUGCACUGGAUGCCGCCAGAGCUGUGGACCGAGAACCCCGAAUAUUCGGACGAAGUGGAUGUCUGGGAGUAUGGCUGCACUCUCUACGAAUGCGCUGUGGGGCAGCCUCCAAAUGCCGACUUGCGUGAACGGCAACAACUCAAGAUGAGAAUGAGACGGCUCAAACAAGCAAUAACAUUACCUGAAAACCAGACAUUCAGCGACGGACUUCGCUCGCUUGUUGCGUCGACACUCAGUCCAGAUGUAGCUUCCCGUCCGUCCAUGAAAGAUGUGCUCGAGCACCCCUAUCUCAAAGACACGGAAGAAACCCAUCCCACCAGUAUUCUUGCCGAACUCGUCCAAACUUACUACGCAUGGGUGAUGAGCGGUGGCCAGCGAAUAUCGUUGUUUAUGCCUGGAGGAGCCGCUGGGGCUUCCACGUUCGAGCCCAAUGAGGACGUGGACGACGAAUGGAACUUCAGUAUGACUCAAGACUUUCAGCGACGUGUCUCGGCGAUCCUUGAACAUUCCGACUUUUCUGGCAAUGAAACCAUGGAAGGAGAGGAAACUCCAAGAGGUUCAAUAUCAACAGCAGCAACCAGCGUCGUCACCCCUCCGAAGGAGAUGACGGCGGUAGAAAGGGCGAACUUCGAAGCGCGUGUUCAACGCGGAGCCGAUCUUUCCAACAUUUUUGACCCAAGCAAACCCGCUUACGAUUACAAAAUCAAACAGGAUUUUAUCCCCAUCCCUGAACAACGCCAGAUCUCAGAUCUUCCCUUUCGAGCAAUGGCCGAAGAUAGGCCAAGCUCAAUUGCGUCGAAUGUGAUUGAUUUAGGCGACUUUGAUGAAUCAGAUUAUGCCGUGGCUGCCACACCACGGACAGAUGACAAGAUCCAGACUGCAUAUGCUGCGACACCUUUGAAAGAGGAAACCAUCAGGCUUGCUGAUGCAUCUACAUUGCGAGAAAAGCGUGCAAACUCCAAAGGUCCUCGAGAUCCGAACAAUAGCAACCAAUCCCUUACCGCUAGAAGAGCUUCAUCCUCCCAUGACGUCCCUCGAACUACUGCUGCUCAUGACUUUGCCAUGUCACAAGAAGACUGGACGGUCAAGAAUCGGGCCAAAGCCCCUGAAUUACAAGAGCCUGCCGAGAUUACCUCUUCCCGCCCUGGCCAUGCCACCAUGGACUGGUCGUUUGCCGCGGCCAUGUCUGAAGUAGCAAUUCCACAGAUCAACGAACCAGAACCGGCCGUCGAUGAUGAACCAGGGCCAGCAGCUGAAGAUACCACCACCGAUGGCGCACUCCAGCAAAAGUCGAAAAAGCAUGCCACAAUGGACUGGUCUUUCACUCAAGCAAUGGCCGAGGCAAGCAGCAGCCAAGGCGCCACCGAAGAAUCGCCAAUCAUCAACUCGUCUCCUCCAACCGCCCAGCAAAUUCCCUCGUCUAGACCAACUCCGACACGCCCUGCGCCGCUGCUCCGCCAGAUGACCAUGCCCGUGACAAUGGGCGAUUUCGCACAAGCCGAGGAGCAAGAAAUCCCACGGCCGUCAACGGCGCUGUCCGAGGCGUACAGCGACAUCAGCACGGCGUCGACCGAUGUGGAUCCGUUCGGCUUGGAGCGCGACGACGACGGAGACGAUGAAUACCCGGGGGCCACGGCUCUUGACGACGACGUUGGCGGGCUGGGUGGCUUCUACACUGGCAGAGGCCGGACCAUGUUUGGCGGGCGCAGCCAACGCUCGUCAAUGGCAUCAACCCCGGCGACGGCGGCUGGUCCUGGCCCUGAACCGUACAGGGACGGCUUCCCGGGCCUGUCUGCGUCGGGUGGCCGCGGUGCCGUCGGCGCACGACAUGGGCGCAACCCAUCGGCCGUGUCUGGGCCAGUUUCUGCUGGCGGUGGUGGUGGUGUGUCUGAGGCGGGUACCGCCGGCGGCCGUUUGACCGUCGACGUUCCCCCUGCAUUCCCACCCAGCAGUGUCGCGAUGAGCGCGGCUGCCUCUUCUUCCGAGGUCGAGGCCGAGCUCACGCGCCUGCUGGAGGAGAUGCAGGGGACGUUGAAUGCGGCGAGUCAGGUCGUCGGCGGGCUGGUGGUGCGUAGGAGGAGGGCGGAGGGGGAGAGCGAAUGGGAGGAUGAGGAGUAG